GGCCACCCGUCGUCUAGUUUGUUUUGUUCUGCGGGAGCAUCUGGGGAGAGGCGGUGGCGAGAGUUUACCUUCUAGGUGCGUCCUUUUAGCCAGAACUGCAGAUUGAGAGGUGCUGCAGCUGCAGAAGCAACUCAAGGAUCGGGGCGACCUCUUGCAGACUGUAGCUACUGGCCCAUCACCAGCGGAAUGGCGUUCUUGCUGAAGUCCAUCGCGCUCCUGACACAGUUCGGCAUUUCCUUGUCUUUGGCACCAGGGGAUUGUGCUUUCGUUGGCAUCUAUGGAGAGAAGGAUGAUUUUGCCAUCCUUUUGAUGGAUGAUGCAGAUGGGGAGCAAAUCUCUUUGACCGAUGGGAAUUUCAAGGACAAGGACUUUCAAUCCAACGAGCUGGCCCGGGCCAAGGACCACGUGAAAGAUGCUGUCAAGGGAACCGUGUUGAGGAAGUGGGACUUCCAGACCGAAAACGGCUGGUCCUUCGCAGCUCCAUUGGCCCUCACCGUCUACAAGGGAAGCCCAUCAUCUCCUACCCCCUUGUGUGGCGUCAGCUUGGAUGGGAAGGCAGGCAACAUGAUGGUUCGCAGGCUGGAUGAUGAGGUGGCCGCACUCAAUCUUGGUGAGACUGAGACCGCUCAGUAUGCUGGACCUAUGGUUGGCAGCAAGGAAGAGCUGUUGGACGGCAUCAGCAACCCCAUGAACUGGCUCCGCAAUGCUGGUGUGCGCAAACUCUCGGGCUUCAGCAUCGCCAGCGCCAACAGCACCACCAGCAUGACCACCACCACCUCGGGCGAUAUGUCGACCACCGAUGAAUCUGAGACCACCUCCAUGGAUGAUGGCACCACCGAGGAAGAGGAUGCUGCAGUGCAUGCCACCGCUUGCGGCUUGGUUCUCGCCCUCACUUUGGUGAUGUAAGAGACAUUUCGCACAGCUUGGCCAUUGAGUAGCAGUGAGUAGAGAUGACCAGAGAGCGGCCUUUGUGUUUGGAGCAAAGUCUUCCAAGCACUUCAUUUUCUUUCUUGCUUUACCUCGGCACCACGAAACCCAAGUCUGCCAGGCUUCUUUGAUGACACCAAAUGUAAGAGCAACAUGCCACUCACAGAGUUUGAGACCAUCUCACAGAAUGAUGGAUGUUGGAUGGUCGUCAAGGCACUGAGUAUCAUUGAGUCCACUCUGGCAUUGACUUCCUCGGGUCAUUUGUUUCAAGAGUAGCAUUGCAGGUCCAGGUGCGGGCGAUUUAUUCUGUGAAAGCUCGUCUAAAGCAACAUUGUUUUGUUUCAACUCCUUUUCAAGGCGUCAGUCCUGGAGCUGCAACAAAUUUGCAUGCACCACGAGAAACUUGCGGGACUGUGAAAGCAGAAGCAGACACUCGUCUUACGAGAUGUUUGGCGAGAUGCUGCAACGGAGAAUGCUUUCAAAGAAUGUUUUGCAGUAGCUUGAUCGUAGCUGAUG